AUGACCACAGGCGGCAAAUCUCAGCGCAAGAGACUGCGGGCUUUGUCUUCGCUGCUGCUAAUUGGACGUUCUAGAUUGAAAGUACGAAAGGCAACCGAGCGCAUGAUCCUGGACGCAGCAGAAAAUUCUUUGAAAAUUCAAGCCGAUCGGUGGCGCUUUUGCAUUGCGCCAAAGAUCAUGCCAGCGGCUGGCCUGGAUGACAACGCAAUAGAUGCCCGAACAAUUUAUAUCGACAGCUUCGGUGCUACGGAUGAUUAUGAUUCGCUGCGACAGGCUUUUGCUCAGUUGGCAAGGUAA